ACUGCAUAUGCGGAAACACCCGACGAGCUGGUGAAAAAAAAUAUGCGGUGAAAAAAAAAUAGCAUCUCAGUUAUGUAUAAUACUCGGAUAAAAGAACUAGAACAUACACAUGAGCUCAUAAUAUAAAGAAACUUGUUCUGAAAACACUUUGACAGACAACCUUUCGGAGACGUAAAAAAAGUAAAAAGCUGGUUGAAAGGAUCACCUAAACAAGGCGCAUUGUUAUUAGUGAUCGAUGUUACUGUCACACGAGAUGGAAUCUCAAAAGAUUUAAUCUACUCGUAACAAAAAUUUAUACAAAACGCUCUAAAAUAAUAAUAACAAUAAUAAUAACCCUCGGAAGAUUAAAACUAAAAAUUGAAAAAAUAAACCGCGUAACGUAAAGCAACAAUGCAAGAAGCAACUUUCACCAUUAAAACUUGUAUAACUAGUUCACAAGGGUUAUGGUUAAAAUCAGUAGUUAUGAGAAACGCAAGGAUAUUAGUCGGAUACUGGUUGCAAAUAAUAAGGACGGUGGUGGCGUGGAUACUGGUGCUGUUGAUGCUCCCGGUGGCGUUGGCACACGGUCGAUCUUGAGUCUUGAGAGUGCCGACGAGUGUGGUUACUCUUCUCUAUACACUGGUUACACUUAUACCCAUACUUAUGUACUUGUUGUAUGCUUCUUCAUCCAACGUCUGCUCUAACGUCGUCUUUAUCGCUGUCGUUGUACUUAUACUUUAUAUAUAUAUGUAUAUAUUUUUAUAUAUAUACAUAUAUGUACGGGUGUAUUAGUGUACUUGUGAUCUGUCUGUGCGCCUGACUAUGUGGCCCGACACGAGAGUGAACCGACCAAGUGGCCGAGCCAAGCCGAAGAAGACAACCGCGGCACUCGUUCAGUAGUUUCUCGGACGGCGCACCGGCAUCAUCCGACCUCCAAUAACAUACCAGAGAUAACCCUCUGGACUUAAUAAUUAUUCAUUAAUAUAUCCAUAAAUAAAUACAUAAUUACAUGUAUUAGUAAAUACACUUGUUAGUACGACAGAAAAUAAAUAAAUACAUGUGUGUGUUUCCCACCCUUAUCACAUGGAAUUUUUUAAAUGAAUCAGCUACACGUGACUCCAACUUAUGGCAUUUAUCUUCACACAAAAUUCAAAAUUACACUGUCGCUAAAUUAAUUCAUUUGUUUACUUUUUUUUUUUUUUUUUCGAAAGAUUUCGAGCAAGUCGAUGAAAAAUUUUUCACAAAUGAGCCAUAUUAAUUCAAAUGGAUUGGAGCCGUACAGUGAAUUAUGUAAAUUUUAUUUUAUAAUUGGAUGUGCUUGUAAUAAAGUAGUGACGUGUGUGUCGAGGUAAUCAUGAUGACUUUAUACCGGGACAAUGUGGUACACAUUACUUGAGCUUGACCGCGAUAAUAAUCGGGCGGAUUUUAACUAAGGUGGUAAAAAGAUAUACAAGACCCGUUAAGGCGAUCCGUCAGAGUGGGAUUGAUAGACCGAGAAAACGACCGCGAAAUAAAACGGCGAGGAAAGAAGAAGAAGGAGAAGAAGAGGAAGCUCACGGAUAAGUUUCUUCUUAUUCGGUAUAUCUUUAUAGAGGAAAUAAGAGCAAGACCAGAAAUUGAAAUAAGAAUAAGAAUAAGGAAGAAAGUAAAGAAUAGUACGCAGCGGGAAGAAAUAGUUUUAAUAAAAGGUAGACCACGAGACACAAUAGCUCCAGCAGAGCAUGAAUUCGUUUAAUCGCGAGCUAAAGGAUUAUUCUGAUGAUGGUGAUAACGGUGAGGUGUCUUCAUUAUGCUUUUACCAGCGACAGCUCUAUUAUUUUUUCACUUACAAAAUAAUAAAGUGAACUACAUAUUUUCGCCUAGUGUCUUAUUACUGCCGGGUAAUUUUAUUUGUUACUUUAUAAAUGUAUCAUGACGGUACAAAAUAAAAAAUACUGUGAGGCUAGGUCGAUUGCCAGCCGACAGCACGGCUGUCUGAUGGAACAAGCGAGAAUAAUCGACUUGGUAAUCCUCGGCGGUAAUUAUUAUUUGUAGCAAAUAAUAAUACAGAUAAAAUUUAUAAAAAUUUAAAACCGGCAAGAUAAUAUAUUAAUAAUAAAUAUAUAUAAGUUGUAGUUGCUGUAAUAGUAAUAAAGAUAAUAAGGAAGAAGGAGAUUGCAAUAAAGAGUUUAGAUGAGAGCGUCAUGCUCGGUGAGAUCGACACGGGCGAUCCAAAAGUGGUGAAGUCUCAUACCGAUAGUUCACGACCCAUCUCCAGUUCUACUCAAGCUUUUUAUCACCGAGGAGACUCCGAUAUUUCUAAUAAUAAUAUUAACAAUUGUUGUAACAAUGAAUUUUUACUUAGUGGACCCUCCGGACGAGGGAGAGACCAUUGCAGUAAAUUGUGUAAGAAAAAACUUUUUACCGAAAAUACUUCAAUGGAUUACUAUUUCAUUGACGGCGAUAACGAAUCGAUAAAUAGUGCAGAGUCGAGAGUUAACUGUGAGACGCAUUUAUAUAAUAAUUACUCCGAUAAUGAUGAUAAGGAUGUUAAAAAGUCAGUGUUAAAUAGUAGUAGGGUUAGUAAUAGUUUAGCUGAGUCUCCGGUCGAGUCUAGUCAACGCUUCCGCAAAUUGGGAGAUUCCAAAGGAAGAGGCAGUAUUGACAGUGAAAAGCUAAGUAGAGUGGAGAAUGAAUGGUUCGUGAGUUAUAAAAGUGACGAGUGCAACUUGGAAAACAAUAUUUAUAUUAAUAAUUUUAGUUUUAACGAUAAUAUUAAUAUUAGUAAUAAUAACAGUAGCGAUAAUGAUAGCAGUAGCUUUCGGAGCAGCAGUAGGAGCGGCAAAAGCUACAAAUUGAAAGACAAGUGCGACCGGAGAAUCCCAUGCAGACGGUAUUAUCUACAAUUUGCGUUUUUAUUAUUCUUGAUUGCAUUUGGUGGUCAGACGGGUGUCGGAGCCGGUAUCGGGAUUGGUGUACCUAGAUCAAGUGUACUUGGGAUUAUUACCGUGGGUACGAUGUUCAGUGUGAGCGGCGUUAAAGCUGCGCCAGUUGACUUGGGUGAUGCUGGCAUCAGGGCUGAACGCUCUGCUAAUUUAUCUCAUCUCACUGGUACCUCGAGAAAGAUACUCAUGUUUAUUAAAAAUAAAUAUCUGCAAAUUUUACCCGAUGGCACCGUUAAUGGGACUGAGAAUUUUACUGCUGAUUACAAUAUAUUCCAAAGGAUUUCCGUAUCAAGUGGUCAACUGAAGAUCCAAGGAGUCGCGACAUGUCUGUACCUCUGCAUGGAUUCCUGCGGUCUUCUUUACGGAUCUCGUGAGUACACCGAAGACUGUGUAUUUAACGAGACACUGGAGGCACACAACUACAAUACCUAUAGCUCGAUAAGGUGGUCGACGCCACGGAAAACGCUUUACGUCGGGUUAAAUCGUCACGGACAACCCAGAAGAGUUCAAGCACGUGGUCAUAAUUUAGGCAGACUGUCAAGUUAUGCGCGAGUUAUGACUGUCGUGGUAUCGCCGGACCGGGUGGAAAAUCUACAAGCUAGAAUGAUGGGUGUCCAGCACAAAGUCAGACACCACCAUGUAACUCAUCAUCAGACUCAACACCACCAUCAUCAGCAGCAGCAUCACCAAAAUCUACAGCAGUCCGUCUGUCCAAGUUUCCCCAGCCAGGAAAAAGACGGCCGCGACAGGUUCCGCUGCAGAAAACGAAGAAAACGGAAAAAACGCAAGCGAAGAUGCGAGAAAAAUGAUAAAGUUGAUUCAAACUGUGAAACAUACAUAAAUAUUAAAGAGGAGAGACCUUGUCCGGAUACGGAAGACAAUAUUAAUGGGAGCGAUGACAGUUCGGGUAAAAGACCGUCAUGCAAUUAUUCAAGCUCCGCUGAUGAAUUAUCCAGGCGACAGUUAUUAAAUACGAGCCUCGUGAUAAAAAGAAAGUCACGGAUAGAUGUAAUUAAUAAUAAAAAUGAGGAUAGGAAUAACAAUAAUAAUAGUAAUCAUAAUAACCACACGAGUAAAAAGAAAGAAGGGAAAAAUAAUAAGAAACUUAUGAGAAAAGUCGGCUUUGUCGACGGUACGGGCACAACUGCGGCCACGGACGUCCAGCAUCAGCAGGAGCAGCCGCAUCAGGAGGAGCAGCACAAGGGACUGGUUUUUAAAGAGAAUUCAAGCUUGGUAAAGAAGAAAUUUCCUGGAAGAUCGAUAAGAACAACUGUGCCAGCUCCAUCGUCGGAGAAUUCCAACGCGACAUUGGCUUCUUGGUUCACCGGGGCGACAUCGACGACUCAGUCAUCUUGGGAGAUUUUUAUGAAGCGCACAUCAUCAUCACCAUCUCCACCGACCAGUCGCGCGAUAAAAUUAAUUGACAAUCCAAAGAAAAUACCUGGAGACAAAGACGCUCAAGUUUCGGAUCCCGAUGUCAAGGGAAAUGCCACGGAAACGUCAAAUGUAGAUGAUACUAGUCUAUCAGCCCUAGAAACAGAAAACCUGCUGACCGAUGGCUCCAGCGAGAGCGAGGACGACACUCUAGAGGAAGACAGUGCCUACGCCGGGGACUACGGGGUCCUGAUGACGACAAUGGACACCACGCCGCCAGAGAGGACCGAAGACUACGCCAAGACAACGACCCAAUCUAUUCUCGAGUCUAUUGAAGCCAGCCGACCGCUAAUUGAUUAUUUAAAUCGCUCUGUCAUCGACUCCUCCUUCCCCUUUAGAAGACUCGCUAUGUGAAAACUCUUGUCGUGUAAUAAGACUUUAUUAUAUAAAGUGUAUAUAUUAAUUAUUAACAAUUAAUAAUUAAUAAUUAAUAUUGAUAUUAUUAUUAUUAUUAAUAAUAAUAAGUAUAUGUAAUUUAUAAUAAAACAAUGUCCCAAAUAUUUUGCACGGUUUAUUACUAAUCAAAAUAACAACGAGUAUCCGGGAUAAAAGACAACGAAUGUACUCGCGUUAAGAGAAUAAUAGAGACUUAAUAAUUAAUUAAUUUUUUAGAUAAAUAAUUAAGUGCAACAGUAUGAUGAUCAUUAUGGCAAAAGGCUGACGGUAAUCUCCUCGCGAAUCUCGGAUUCGUCCGAUAAAACUACAACGUAGUGAUUUAUUUAUUAAAAAAAUAAUAAAAAAAAAAGCAACAUUUAUUUAUUUACAUCCCAAUUAAUGUGUGUCGGUAUGUGUUGUGUGCAUGAAUAAAAUCACAUGUGUCUUUAAGUGUGUAAUUUAAAAAUAUUAUUUAAAUUUUAUUAUUUUUAAAUGCAAUGAUUAUUAUUUAUGAUUAUAUAAAUAUUCCUA